CGAAAUUUUUAAUAUGUCUAGGGUAUACAGGUAGAGUAUCCAGACGCCACAGACGCGGUGUUGAGCCAAUUAGCCUUAAAGGCCCCUGCCGAGCGUAAUUCCUCCUGUCCGGAGCGUCGCACAAUCGGGAAGAUCAUCCGGGACGUUGCCCUUUGCGCUCGCGGAGCUAAGAGGACAUUCGGUUUUUCGUAGCAGCAAUAUGUUCGCGACAACUUUCCCCGGACCCGCUAAUCACGACAUCGCCUUUUGAGGCUGUAAGAUUGGAAUGUUACUCCCUUCUGUUGCAGUUGACUCCCAGCACCCGGAUCCUUACGGUGGGAGACGAUCAUCUCAAAGGUGAAUAUGUUCGCAUCGCCUUUGAAAGAUCCAUUGUUUAAUUCGUAUCCUUUACCUUCGCUCAAUCUACUUUCGUUCAGCCCGUCCCCUUGGUACUCUCUGUAAGAUAGGUCUAGUCUGCCAUGGCGUCCUUCAAGACGUUGAUCUUAGGAACGCUCGGCCUUGUACCGGAGGUUCUCGGAGCCAAUCUUCUUGCAUCGCACUACACUGGCAAGAUCUUCUCGCUUUCCUACACAGACGGUGAUGUCAAUGCCACAUUGGUCAAUCAAUCAUCGAUAGGAGGAUGUGGUACUCUUCCUGCUUGGCUACAUGUGAACUCGAACUCGACACUCGUCUAUUGUGUUGACGAGGAUUGGAAUGGAAGUGGUAUGCUCUCAUCCUAUUCUAUAGGGUCGGAUGGAAGCUUGAAGCAGACUGGACGAGCUAUCACCGCCGGCGCUAGUGUCCAUGGCUCGCCCUUUGGUAGUGGAAAGGAGGAUGGCUACGGUUUCAUUGCUACGGUUCAAUACGACCCAUCAACCUUGUCAACCUAUAAGCUCCCUCUGAACAAUGCAUCAACUAUCGCUCAGAAGCUACAGUUCAACAUGUCCGAACCCGGCCCCAACGCCCGACAAAACGCACCUCACCCGCAUGCCGCCCAACUUGACCCAACGGGACGAUACCUAAUCGUACCAGACUUAGGCGCGGACUUCAUCCGCAUUUUCAGCAUCAACGCCGAAACAGGCAAUCUCACACAAUGCGAACCCGGCAAGGCCGACCCAGGCGACGGGCCGCGCCACGGUGCCUGGUGGGCCCCUCACUCCGGAUCCACCCUCGGCCAGAGACUCUACACGGUGAACGAACUAGGCAACUCAGUCUCAUCCUGGAUCGCAACCUACCCAGACGAAGGGUGCCUCACCCUAACGAAGACACAGACAAUUUCUACCUACGCUGAGGGCAGCAGUGCGCCCAACGGAUCCAAAGCCGCCGAGGUCCAAGUCUCUGGCAACUUCCUGUACGCGGCGAACCGCGCGGACGAGACCUUCGGCCCCCAGAACGAUUCUAUCGCUACCUACAGCAUCGACCCUACCUCCGGCGACAUCAAAUGGGUUGAGGCCACCCCCGCGCACGCCUGGUUCCCCCGCACCUUCUCCAUUAAUAAGGCGGGUACCCUCGUCGCUGUCGGUGGUCAGACUAGUAGUAAUGUGGCUAUCAUCGCGCGAGAUCCCGAGACGGGAAAGCUGGGUGAUCUUGUGACGAGCUUGCCGAUUGCGACGCCGGGUACGCCGCAGCAGGAGGAUGGGCUUAGUGCUGUUGUUUGGAUUGAGUAGGUUGACUGGGUGAGAGAGGGGUUGGUAGAUAAAAUGGUGUUGUGGAGAUGGUAGAUGGAGAUGGGAGGUG